AUGUCUGAACGAAAGGUCCUAACCAAAUACUACCCCCCGGACUUCGACCCCUCCAAGAUUGUCCGGUCGCGCGCCCCCAAGCAGGCAGGCCCCAAAGUCCAAACCGUCCGUCUCAUGGCACCCUUCCCCAUGAAAUGUACAGCAUGCGGUCGAAAGUUCAACGCACGCAAAGAAACCACCGAAGACCGAUACUACUCGAUCCCCAUCUACCGCUUCUACAUUAGAUGUACAAGAUGCAGUGGGGAGAUUACUUUCAAGACGGACCCCAAGAAUAUGGACUACGAGUGCGAGCGCGGUGCAAAGAGAAAUACGGAACCAUGGCGUAUGAAUGGGCUUGGAAAGCAGGAGAGCGACGAAGAGAGACUGGAUCGCCUGGAGAGGGAAGAGGAGGAGAAGAACGCAAUGGAGGAACUUGAGACUAAAACUCUCGACGCAAAGCGUGAGAUGGCUGUCGCCGAUGCCUUGGAUGAGAUCCGGACCCGAAAUGCUAGGAAUGAACGUAUGGGCAAGGAUGGUGUAGAAGUCACAGUUACGCGGGAGACCCGAGACGAUGAAAGAGAGAGGCAAGAACGGGAGGAUGAGGAGGCGGCGAGGAUGGCGUUUAUGCGGAGGCAUGAGGCUCUGGAGGAGGUCAUCGAUGAUGAAGAUGCUGAAGAGACUGGCGAGAAGGCGCCCCCUAUCACGAAAGAAGCUGCCUUGGAGAUGCCUCCGCCGAGUUUCAAGCGUGUCGUGAAAAAGAAGAAAGACCAUGCUGCUGCGUUAGGGAUUAAGAAAAAGAAGUCUCUAGUGUGA